AUGAGAAGCUUCCCUCCAGUGAGUGCAAGCUCUGAAGAUGUUCCUGCUGUUGCAUACAAUAUGGAUGGAAUUGGAAAUAAAACAGAGCAACCAUGGAGGCUCAUGCUGAAGGGCGAUACAAUAGAAAUGAGUGCAAAUGCUCUUGGUUUAACUAUGGAGAGCAAUGGGAUCAGAAUUUUAAAGCCUUUUGAUACUUCUGUCAAGUUCUCAAAUGCUUCUGGGAAAACAAAUAUCCAUGUUGCAGUUUCAGAUAUAUUCAUGAAUUUUUCUUUCAACACAUUACGGCUAUUUUUAGCAGUGAAAGAAAAUAGGAGCUCAGAGAAGUAUGAGUUUGAUCAUGUUAAUAUGGCAAGACAUGCUCUUAAGAACACUGCUCUUGAAAAAAAAGGGUAUCUUACAUCUCUUGAAGAUGAAGAAAUGAGUGAGCUUGUGUUGAAUGAAUACAAAUAUGACAGAUCAAUUCUAAGGAAUCCCAACAAGGUGCAUUCACUGAUUAGAGGAUUUUGUGCAUCACCUGUUAACUUCCAUGUUAAAGAUGGCUCAGGCUACAAGUUCUUGGGAGACCUUGUGCUACAACUUGACAAACUGAACCCUCAGGGUUGGUUGAAAUUACCAUUUUACCCCUGUCUUGAUCUAAGUGGCAUCUAG